AUGACCCCUCGGCCAGUCUCUAGGGCGCUCGCCUUGUCACUCUUUGUCCUUGUUCUGAACACGGCCUAUGUGGCUUCACGUAAUCUGAUCCCGGAGGCGGCCUCGUCGGACCAUGGCACCCAUCACCAGGGAAUCAUAGCCGAUACUCCGGCGUCAUCGGAUCCUCCGCCAGGCGCAGACGAAGCCAGGCGACAACGGCCUCUCGAAUGUUUUCAAGUCGCCCAGCCAGUGCUGGGUCCCAAUGGGCCCGUCUAUCAGGAGGUGGCCCGCGGCGACGGGGAUGGCGAGGGAAUACCCCCGGCGGACCCCACCGAAUGUAAGGUACAUCUCAUGGACCACUCAUUUGGCAACAGCUUUGACAAGCCCUUCGUCGGCGAGUACACGCCUCCUGGCUGCGACUUCAACCGCGUCAUUGUGAACUUUACUGCCACAUCUGCAGGCCGCCAACUGGAUCGGCUGGCUCUGUGGUAUCUCGGCGACACGGAGGUAUGGAGAACAUCCACAGCGGAGCCCAGGGCGGCGCCCGGAAUUAUCUGGACCUAUUGGAAGGACAUGACCCCGUACCUUAGCCUCUGGAAAUCUCCCCAAAAGAUCAUUUUCGACCUCCCCAACCUCAUCGACGACAGAUACACGGGGCCCUUCAACUGCACCCUGACCGCAACCUUCUUCAAGUCCGACGCGGAAUCCGACAAUGCACCCCCCGCUGACCUCAUCAUUCCCAUCUCAUCACGGAACGCGUCCUCCAACACAGGCAGUGCCUGGCAAGUGCCAGAGCGCGAAGCCGUGAGCACCGUCAAAUUUCCGCGCAAUGCCAAUCGAGCAGUCUUUUCCGUGUCGGCCAAUGGUCAGGGAACCGAGGAAUUCUGGUGGAGCAACGUCCUCGAGAGCGAUGCCGCGGCUUUCAAUGCCACCGUUGGCAUGGCGCCCGCCGGAAGCCCCUGGCGUGAGGUCCAGGUUCUCAUCGACGACGAACUUGCUGGCGUGCAGUGGCCCUUCCCUGUCAUUUUCACCGGUGGCGUUGUGCCUAGCUUUCACCGGCCGCUCGUCGGCCUCGACGCGUACGACUUGCGGGAACAUGAGAUUGACAUAUCCCCAUGGCUUCCCGUCCUAAGCGACGGUCAAGAACACACCUUCAAGAUCAAGGUUGCUGGUAUUGCCGAUGAAGGGGACCGCGUCUUUGUGAACACCACCGGGACCAAGAACCCCGAGUGGACCCAGAACCUUUCAUAUACCAAUAAUGCAACACUAGGCCAGUUCGGCCGCAAUGGUUUCAACAACUUCAUCAUCACCGGCACUGAUGCACUGCUCAACGGACUGGUCAGGUACCAGUCGACGUACUCGUACCCGCUGAUAGUCAACCAGACUGCCAACAUGACGGCAGCCGGCGACCUCAAUCUGGACGCAACCCUGUUUCAGGAGCUGAGGUUGGAGGUCGAAGGCGCGGGCGUGUACCCAACCGGCCUGGAGGCCUACAACGCCCCAAACCGCAACAGGCAGGGACAGAACGAGCAGUACACGGUGUCCAAACUUUCUACUUUCCGCAACGGCACGGCUGUCUUCUCCAUGCCGGCAGAUAUGAAGAACAGUUCGGCAUUUGGCACGACUCGGCAGGUCUUCCGGUUCAGCGGCGGUCGAGACGGGGCACGUGACGUUGAGCUAUACAUGAGGCGAGUCAAAGCCAGCAACAACACGGUAUUGUGUGAUGAAGAAAAGUCUGCCGAUGGUCGAGAGAGAGUUUUGUCCGUCCCAAGCCUUUCAGGAGGCGCCAAUUAA